CUGAUAGACGGCACUGACUGGCAUCACUGCUGGGCACUGACUGGCGCCACUGACUGGCACAACCGCUGGGCACUGACUGGUGGCACUGACUGGCAGCACUGCUGGGCUGCACUGGUGGGCAGCACUGGUGGGUGGGCACAGGUGGGUGGCACUGGUGGGCACAGGUGGGUGGGCACAGGUGGGUGGCACUGCUGGGCACAGGUAGGUGGCACUUCUGGGCACAGGUGUGGGACACUGCAGAGUGGCACAGGUGGGUGCACUGCUGGGCACAGGUGGGUGAUCUGCUGGGCACAGGUGGGCGGAGCUAGUGGGCGCACUGCUGGGCACAGGUGGGCGGAACUUGCGGGUGGCACUGCUGGGCACCGAUCAUCAGGGCACUGAUCAUCACAUGUCAUUGGACACCGCUGAUCACGUGGUAAAAGGCCGCUGUGAUUGGC